AUGGCGAGCCGAGGGGCACAGCACCGGGAACUGUCCGGGCGCGGGCGCCGUAAAGCCGCGGCCGCCCGCGCAGUCCCGUGCCUCGCCGUGGUCACGUGCCGCCGCUCCCCGGUGUCCCGGUGCCGGCAUGCUGUCACUCUGUUGCAACCGUCUCUGGCCACGAAACCUCCCCGCCUUUGCUUUCGGGACGGCUUUGGGAGCUCCCUCCGUGCGGGGCACGGCCAGGAGAUGCUGGUGGGGAAGUAUGGGGAAGGAGCGAAGCUCAUCUACGAGCUGCAGGACCAGGGAGGGGAGCUGCUGGCCCUGCGCUACGACCUCACUGUGCCCUUUGCUCGCUACCUGGCCAUGAAUAAGAUCACCAAGAUGAAGCGCUACCACGUGGCCAAGGUGUACAGGAGGGACAACCCGGCCACCACCCGGGGCCGCUACCGCGAGUUCUAUCAGUGCGACUUUGACAUUGCUGGGCAGUUUGACCCCAUGAUUCCUGAUGCCGAGUGCCUGAAGAUUGUGCACGAGAUCCUCAGUGACCUGCAGCUUGGGGACUUUGUCAUCAAGGUCAAUGACCGUCGGAUUUUGAAUGGUGUGUUUGCUGUCUGUGGUGUUCCAGACAGCCAGUUCAUCCCUGCUUGCUGCACUGUGGACAAGCUGGACAAGAUGCCAUGGGAAGAAGUGAGGAGUGAGAUGGUGGGAGAGAAGGGGCUCUCUCCCGAGGCUGCAGAUCGCAUCGGAGAGUAUGUCCAGCUCCACGGCGGGCUGGACCUGAUCGAGCAGCUUCUCCAGGAUCCAAAGCUAUCCCAGAACAAGGUGGCCAAGGAAGGGCUGGGGGACAUGAAGCUGCUGUUUGAGUACCUGACCCUGUUUGGCAUCACAGGGAAGAUCUCCUUCGACCUGAGCCUGGCGCGGGGCCUGGACUAUUACACGGGGGUGAUCUUUGAGGCUGUGCUGCUGCAGCAGGAGAACGAGCACGUGGAGGAGCUGCUCAGCGUUGGCAGCGUGGCUGGAGGCGGCCGCUAUGACGGGCUGGUGGGCAUGUUUGAUGCCAAGGGCCGCAAGGUGCCCUGCGUGGGGGUCAGCAUUGGCAUCGAGCGCAUCUUCUCCAUCCUGGAACAGAGGCUGGAGGCUUCUGGGGAGAAACUUCGAACAACUGAGACCCAAGUGCUGGUGGCUACACCUCAGAAAAACCUGCUUGCUGCCAGAAUGAAGCUCAUCUCUGAGCUGUGGGAUGCAGGCAUCAAGGCAGAGAUGCUGUACAAGAAGGAUCCUAAAUUGCUGAAGCAGCUGCAGUACUGUGAGGACACAGGGAUCCCUCUUGCUGCCAUUGUGGGAGAGCAGGAGCUGGCAGAUGGAGUUGUCAAGCUGCGAGAUGUUGCAACAAGAAAGGAGGUUGAUAUCCCCAGAGAAAAGCUUAUUGAUGAGAUCAGGAGAAGGCUGGAGCCCUGAGGACUUCUCUGGCUGGAGCUGCUUGGCAAAGCUGCUGCCCAGCUGGAACCCUGCAGCACCCUCAGCCCCUCCCUGCCAGCUGCGGUCUGGGGACACCCACGGGCCUAAGGCUCACUGCCUUGGCCCAGGCAGUGAGAACUGAGGAGUAAGACGGUUUUAAAAGCUAUGGACGGUGCGGUCACCAGGUUAACCUUCUGGUUAGCUUCUCUGAAGGUCAAGUUUGUGGGUUCCCAAUCCUGCAGUCCCUGUACAGCCAUUUCCGUCACUGUAGGUGGUGGUGGCACAGAUGGAUGCGGUGAAGCUCAAGCAGGAUCAGGUGGAACUCCAG